GAGAGAGAUGAGAUGUGAAUGGCAGCGACACAGAGAAGAUAUGGUCUCUUCUUCUUCAGGGGAUUGACUGAUCUUGACACCGGUGGAACCAAAGGCACUGGGUUAGCUUUCAUUUCUUUUAACUACAUACAUUGAAGUUUAGUUGCCUUGCCACCAGUUUGAGUUUGCAAUUUAUUAAAUAAUUAUGAUAAUUAGAAGGAUGGUGCAAAUUAUUCCAGAGAGUGUGGGAAAACUAUGGAGCGAAUGGAACGUUAGGGUCAUGGUUGUAAGCAGCCUAUGCUUACAAAUCCUGCUAAUACUCGUUGGAAAUCGACGCAAGUACAUUGCAAAACCCUGGAUCAGAAUUGUCACUUGGACAGCGUACUUAUCAGCAGAUUGGGUUGCAACUGUUGCCCUGGGCAUGAUAUCCAGCUUUCAAGGAGAAAAUAAUGAUCCAGAAAGUUCCACAAAUUCAAACAGCAGCCAAAUCCUGAUGGUUUUGUGGGUACCCUUUCUUCUGCUUCACCUUGGCGGCCCAGACACCAUCACUGCUUACUCAUUGGAGGACAAUGAGCUCUGGCUGAGGCACCUAUUGGGCUUACUUGUGCAGGCUGUAGCCGCUUUAUACAUCUUUUUGCAGUCAUGGACAGCAAGCCAGUACCAGCUCCCCUCACUAGCAAUACCGAUUUUUGUUUCAGGAAUUAUCAAGUAUGGGGAGAGGACUUGGGUCCUGCGUUCUGCAAGCAGUGAGAGAUUUAGGGAGCUGUUGCUCCCACCCCCUAACCAAAGUGAUUAUGCUGAGUUUGCCACUGAAGUUUAUUCCAAAGAAAUUCGGGGAGAGCCUGCAGCUUUCUCUAUGAUCCCUGAAGCUCCAUUUGUACCUGGAGUUCGUCCCACUAUUGCUGAAGCCAAACCAAUCCAUGAAGCCUAUCAAUUAUUCAGAAUCUUGAAGCGUCUCUAUGCGGAUUUGAUCCUUGAUCAUUAUGAUGAACGAUGGUGCCAUUACAUGAUCGGCGACCAUCCAUUCGAUUACAUCUUCAAACUACUGGAGAUUGAGCUUGGCUUUAUGUAUGAUGUGCUGUACACAAAGGCAAACGUGGUGUAUUCUCUCACAGAGAAGCCCGUAAAGUUUGGUGGAAUUCAAAAGUUCGUUGGCACCUAUGACAUUUGGGAGAAGUACUGCUAUUCAACUUUAGAGGAUGUCCCUAUCAAAAUGAAACAGUUUAUCUUUGAGCAACUCAAAGUUGCUCGAAGCGAAAGUCAUGUUAGCCAAGUGUUGAGUUGGAGAGGUGAUCAAGUGCUAGAGAAGGCAAAUUGUGAUGAAAAAUUGAGUUGGAGCUUGGUUGAAGUACCUUUCGACCAGAGCAUUCUUCUGUGGCACAUAGCAACGGAUUUGUGCUACUAUACUGACCUAGAAAAAUAUCAGGAGAUCCCUACUCCCGAUUCGAAACACAAUUUCAGCAAGUUGGUCUCGAAUUACCUGAUGCACAUUCUCGUGACGCGCCCUUUCAUGUUGCCAAAGGGAAUUGGGAAAAUUAGGUUCCGGGAUACUUGUGCUGAGGCCACAAAUUUUUUUGAGAAGAGAAGAAGUAUCAUAAGUGGUAGUAAUGGAAAAGGCCGUGCCCGUCAAGUGUUGCUUGAGGUGAACACAGACGUGGAUCCAGAGAGCGUGAUUGGGGAUAGAAGCAAGACAGUAUUGUUUACCGGGUGUAGGCUUGCAAAACAGUUGCAAUCACUUGAAACAGAGGAAGAAUGGGGAAAUGAAGAGAAAUGGGAAAUGAUAGCUAAGGUGUGGAUAGAGAUGUUGUGCUAUGCAGCAAGCCAAUGUGGAUGGAAUGAGCACGCCCAACAUCUUAGAAAGGGAGGAGAGCUUCUUACUCAUGUUUGUCUUCUCAUGGCAAAUUUUGGUUUGAGUGAACAAUUUCAGAUAAGAGUAGGGGCGCCAAGAAUAUCUAUCGGAACCAGGGGGUGACUGAGAGUGAGGCUAUCUCUGCCUCUGAGCAGAUAUGUUUGUACUUGAAUUUAUUUUGAUUUGCAAACUAGAGUUCGAAUAUUUAAGACAUGCCUUGCAUUUCAUGCUAGCUA